CAAUUGGAUUUGCUGGAAUUUCGUUUUUUUCUGCUGCCUGUUUCCAGAUCUACCGUUUUGCUUCCGAUUUCCUUGUGUAAACAACAUUUCUGGCAACCGCUCAUUUUCUUUUGAAUACAGAUUUUUAAGAGAUAAUGGGUCGUGGAGUGAGCAGCGGUGGAGGUCAGAGUUCUCUGGGAUACCUAUUUGGUGGCAAUGAAGCUCCUGUGCCAAGACCGGUUGCAACUAAUGUGGAGGCUUCUCCGAGGAAUUCAGCUCCACCGGCAAGUGCAGUGGCUACAGACAAGUCAUCUGCUGUUGCACCAUCUGGAGGGGAUGCUCCCAAGCAGAUUCCAGCUGGCAUCCAGGGCAGCCAGAGUAACAACAACUAUUUCCGCGCAGAUGGCCAAAACACCGGCAACUUCCUCACGGAUCGACCAUCCACCAAAGUCCAUGCUGCCCCGGGAGGUGGAUCUUCCCUAGGAUACCUUUUCGGAGAUGGCAAGUAGAAUCUUCACACCUCUUCCAAUUCAAAGAUGAAGUUGAUGUUUGCUGUGUUUCCCUGUGAAGUGUGGGGGGGGGGGGGGGGGCGACAUCUAGAGUAGCUUCAGACAUUGUGAAUUGUAAUACUGUAUAUGUUAUUUUUGUUUUCCUAAAUCGAGCAUUGCUUCCCUUGCUCCUCGAAUCAAGAAGCUACUUGCUGCUGUCUGGAUGCAGAUUAUUAAUUGUAAUAAUUUGCUUUUUUCA